UCUUCCUCCACCAGCGACGCGCACCACCGCACACAACAUCUUCCCUGUUCCCUGCUGCCUACCCUGCCCAGCGCACCACCACCGCACGGCGCACGCAAGGAAGUCGGAACUCGGAAGCCCCACUCAUUAUUUCGUCCGACCUCGAUCCCCCUCCAUCCACUCGCCGGAUUCGUCGACUGGAGUUGAAACCGGAUCCCGCGGUUGCGCCCCGACCGCCGUCUCUUGCCCCGUCGAGGCGUCCCGUCAGCCAGGCCCCGCACCACCGCUUGGCGAGACGUUUUGACUGGCCUGAACACCGGCGAGGCGGCAAUCCCUCUCUAUCCUCAUCGCCCCCCUGCCCCUGCGCUCCCCGUCCCGUCGCCGUCGCCGCGGGCCUCGAUUGGAGUUAGAAGUCAAUUAGGAGGAUGGAUCACCACCUGCAACAUCAACUCAGUACUACCAUGAGCGACGAUGGAGACCAUACCUGCCCACUCUGUGCUGAGGAGAUGGACAUCACUGACCAGCAGCUCAAGCCAUGCAAAUGCGGAUAUGAUAUUUGCGUCUGGUGCUGGCACCAUAUCAUAGACAUGGCUGAGAAGGAGGAGACAGAGGGCCGUUGCCCUGCAUGUCGCACUCCCUAUGACAAGGACAGGAUUGUCAAAAUGGCUGCCACUUGUGAGAGGACGGUGGCAGAUAAAAAUGCAGAGAAGAAGCACAAGACCCAAAAGGUUAAGCCAAAGGUGGCAGCGGCAGCAGCAGCAGCAACAUCCGUAGAAGCUAAGAAGCAUCUGGCUGGUGUCAGGGUUAUCCAGAGGAAUCUGGUGUACAUAAUCGGACUACCUGCACAUUUGUGCAAUGAGAGUGUUCUUGAGCGUAGAGAAUACUUUGGACAAUAUGGGAAAGUUUUGAAGGUUUCAGUUUCCCGUCCUACUGGACCUCCUUCCCAGCAGGCAUCAGCAAACAACAAUAUUAGUGUAUAUAUUACUUAUGCCAAAGAAGAGGAGGCCAUCCGUUGUAUUCAAGCUGUACACAAUUUUGUUUUGGAAGGGAAAAUUUUAAGAGCAUGCUUUGGUACUACGAAAUAUUGCCAUGCAUGGCUGCGGAACAUGACAUGUGGGAAUCCAGAUUGUCUCUAUUUGCAUGAAGUAGGUGGUCAGGAGGAUAGUUUCACUAAAGAUGAGGUUAUCUCAGCAUAUACGAGGACCAGGGUCCCCCAGAUGGCAUCUAGUGUUUCGCAAAGACGUGCAGGCACUGUACUGCCUCCUCCAGCUGAUGAUUUCUCUUACAGUGCGGUGGUAUCAGCCAAGCAUACAAUCAAGAAUGGAACACUUAAUACCAACAACCAGCCCAGACUUUCACCUCCAAAUAGUAGUUCUGGGAGGUCCACGCUUCCACCAGCUUCCUCGUGGGGGCAUCGUGAUUUGAAUGCUAGGACAACAGCUAAUGGGGUAACAUCAACACCGUCUCAAACGAAAUCAAAAUCAGAGCCACAAAUUAAUUCAUUUUCUAGUUCUUCAACUAUUUCAAAUACAAUAAUACCUUCUUCUUGGAAUGAUGAUACAAGUACAGCGCCAAAAAUGUCUGAAGGACGGCAAGUGUCAGACCAAGAUCGUGCAUCCAAAACCAUAGAGCCGUAUAAGCCUGGUAUUGUGAAGGAAACACAUUCUCUAUCAUCACUGGACAUAGACUUCUCCUCAAUACCUUCAGCUUGGAAUGACGAUGACAUUGUAGUGUCAGAUGGCAUGUCAAAAGGAAGCGAGGAAAUUCAAGCUGCGAAAGAAAAUGGAAAGUUAACCCAUCUAGCGUACAAGUCACCAAUAUCACCUAAGAAAGACGUGACAAUGAACAUUACCAGCAAACGUCUUUCAGAUUUGGUAUCAGAUCUAGCAAUAUUGAAAUCAGAUGUGAAGACUGGUGAUGGUGAUAGCUCAGUUACCAAGAUUACUCCUAAAAGCCCUACUUCAGCUGUUGUAAACUGCCAAUCUUGUCUUGCUGCUGAUGAGAAAAUUCUAGAGGAUAUUGGACCCAGGGAGACUGACAUUGAGAAGCUAUCUGUUCAGAUAUCUUCAAUAAAGUUAGAUGGCAAUGAUGAGGCUCAUAGUAUGGCUGGAAAUCAUCAACCAGCUGCAAUGCCAUGCACGUCUGUUACCAUACCCAUAGGUCAGAAUUUUGGCAGAGGCCAAUCUCAUAUGAAGCUUGAUGAGCUCCUACAUUCAGAAAAUAAGGAUACGGUUCUCUCUAGUCAAUAUGGUUCUGAUAACCAUCUUGAUUGGACUUCAGAGCAGCAAAGUUGUUGUGCUACUUCAUUAAAUGAUAUAGUAAAUUCCACAGUGGUCACUGACAAACUUCAUAGUAGGCUGAUGGAUGGUUCAGACCAACCAUCAUAUUCAUCAUUUGCCGGGUUUCCUAAUACAUUAGGCACUUCACUGUGGAAUGAUACAGAAAGUAACCCUGCAUUGAUGAUUGGUACUAGAACUUCUUCUCAGAUGCAGAGUGGGUUUUCUUCAAUUGAUAAGGCUCGUGCCUUGUUAAAUGGAGAUCAAGAUGGGCGAGGGACUGUAUAUACACCUGGUAAUAUUUCUGGACAUCCUGGAAUGGGAAGUCAUCAGCCUGGUGCAAUGGGUUCAGUAAGAUCUGGUAGUGUAGGAAGUUUUGACAAGACCAUAAGUGUAAAUAAGGAUGAGAGCAGAAUAAUUUCUGAUAUGUUGUCAUCAGAGUUUAAUCUGUGGGAUGAUUCAUUUUUGCCUGCUAACAAUUUUCUUAGGAUGCUUAGAGAAUCUGAAAAUAAUGAUGUCCCUUUCACCGCGCCUUCAUGGAAAUCAGGAUCUGGCAGCAGAGAGUCCAGAUUUUCGUUUGCUAGACAGGAUAACCAAGGGAACUCGGAUUCAUCUCUCAGAAACUGUGCUAGUGAUCAAACUUUCAGUUUGCUACCCCAGAUUUCUCGAGGAAAUUUUUACCAGAAUGGUCGUGCAUUCCAAUCUCUGGACAAUGAUGCUUCCAAUAGCAACUCUCUUGCUACGUCAGAUAUGGCAACUACUGGUUCAUCAAGAUCUAAAAUAUCUGCACCCCCAGGAUUUUCAGCACCAGCAAGAGUCCCACCUCCUGGAUUUCCUUCCCAGGAUGGUCUGAAUCCCCCUCCUGGGUUCUCUUCUGGAAUUUCAUCUCAGGAAGUGUAUAAGACCCCACCGAGGUUGCCUUCUCCAUUUUCUUCUGGAUUAUCAUCCCAGGAUGGGCCUAAUCCUCCUUCUAGAUCCUUCUCUGCAUUUUCUUCUGGACUUUCAUUACAGGAUGGGCCCAACCACCCUUCUAGAUUCCCUUCUGCAUUUACCUCUGGAUUUUCAUCACAGGAUGGGUCUAAUCAGGUGUAUGGCUCAAUGUACCCAGAAACUCUUCUCCGGGAAAAUGUUUUAGGCAGCAACAUUCCGUUUGGUAGGCACACAAAUGACAUAGAAUUUAAUGAUCCUGCCAUACUGGCAGUGGGAAAAGGGCGGAUGCCUGGAAUUGGUGAUUCAGGGCUGGAGAUGAAAAAUACCCAUGCUUUUCCAGCCCACUUGCAAACAUCAAAUAAUGAUCCAAGGUUUCAGUUACAGAUGCAACCGAAUGUGCAGCCUCAUCAAAACUUGAGAUUCACAGACCAUAUGCAUGAUGCCUUCAAUCCUAUGAAUGAUAAUUAUCUGGCGUCCAGAUAUUUACAGCAGAGCCAUGGUCCUGUAUCCCCUUAUGCGCAGAUGCCGCAACAACGCAGAAACUCACAGCUUACAAAUGGUCACUUGGAUGGGUGGAGUGAUUUGGGACAAGGGAAUAACAACCUUAUGUCAGACAUGUCGAGGAUGCUAUAUCCAAGUGAAGUGAACAACUUGCACAUGCUGGGUUCAAAUGAUAUCUAUACCAGAGCCUUUGGAAUGUGAUUGUCUUGUGGUAGAUUUGUGACUUUGAGCUUACAUGUUCUAACUUGGGGCAUUUGUUGAGCUGUGAAAGUAUCUGUUCGCGCAGCACGUAGUUUACCCGAGGGUGGAUAGUGGUGCUGAGCUCAUGAGCUUGCAUUUGUGUGUUUAUUGGUAUCGAAGUUUACAGACAUGAACCUUCCAGACCUUUGAAACUACCAGGACUACCAGGUUCUUUCUCUUUUAUGAUAUGCGAAGCGAGUGAAAAGAAAGAUGCAUCAAGAAGAGCAAAGCAGCUGAAGUUGAAGUAGAUUAUGAAGAAGCUACUGUGGCUUGGCUUGAUUUGGUGAUACAUUGUGUUUUCUUCGUGCAUGAUGGUAUCCGUGUGUGUUCCUCCCUCGUUUCCUUUUCUGUUGGUGCACAAAAGCCUGGUUUGCUCUAAGCAACCGUGCAGAGGUUUGUUUGCUUAGUGUCUGGCUGGCUUAGUACAUGCGUGUUGUGUAGACUUUUGGUUUGCUGUUGUUACACCCCGAGUUACCUACUACAGAAUGGGGUAGGGAAUAACUGUUACUGGAGCGCGAGCUGCGCGGCGCUGUUUACUGGAAGAGUCGUGUAGCUCCAUUUGUCAGGUCUUGUAAAGAGAUUUUUGGUACUCAAUUCUUGGCUCUCUUUUGAGCAGUAGAAAGAAAUGUGACACAGAUCAAAGACGAA